CUUAAAGUCAAAAAUGCCCGCCAUAUCGAACUCAAUAUAUGGAGCCCCUACCACCGUCCGACGGCGCAUAGCCCAAACCAAGAGAUCUCGAGCAGGCUGUCGCACUUGCCGUCUCCGCAAAGUCAAAUGUGACGAAGCUCCUGGGGCUUGUCAACGAUGCGUGUCGUCCGGCCGAGUCUGCGAUGGCUAUGAUAUGCACCGGUUGCCUGCGGCCACGGGCAGCAAGACCAUCGGUGCUGUAGAGCCGCGCCUCCCAGCGUCGAUCUCCAGCAACCUAUUCAGAGCAAUGACAUCGGACGAGCGAAGGUGCUUCUCCUACUUCCAGAACCGCGAGAUCCCCGCAAAUCUGAUGUUUUUCGAUUCGGCCCUAUGGAAGCGGCUCGUGCUGCAGAUGGCCCAGGCGGAACCCGCCGUAUAUCAUGCCAUGAUCGCUUUGAGUGCCGUGCACAUGGAUACGGAGAUCAAGGAUGUCUUAGUGUUACACCCCGAGGUACCGCCGGACAGUGUCUUCCACCUCUUUGCCCUCGAGCAACUGGGGCGCUCCUACGCCCUGCUACAACAGCGCUGUAGCUCCCAGGACCCGCAGAUCCUCCAGAUCACUUUAGUGACUUGCCUGCUAUACACCCUGUUCGACAUGAUCCAGGGCCAGUACGAAACGGCAUACACGCAUAUGCAGAACGGCGUGCGGAUCCUCAAGGAUGUUGGGCCGUUCAAGCGCCAGCAGGACCCCUACACGGCGAAUGACCUCCCGGUCGACGGAUGCCUGGUCGCGGGCUUUUCCUUCCUCGACAUCGGCUUCAUCCACUUCGACUUCGACGGACCGCCCCGCGUGCACCUCAACGAGGGUCAAGACUUCGAGCGGACCAUCCUCGCCCGACAGGGGUAUAUCAGCAGCCUGCAGGAAGGACGACAGGCGUACAACAUCAUCGCCAGCGCGCUCUCCCAGUUCCUCCCACAAGCCUGGCAUCUCUCGGACGCCGACAUCGCCGCCCAGUACCACCGGCUCCAGCCGCAGCAGAUCCUCCUCCUCUCGCAGACCGGCCGCAUGCUCCGGGUCUUCGAGGCCUACGCCGCGCGAUCGGCCGGCCGUCUGCCCGCGCCCGAGCAACAGAGCCUGGACAUGCUCAUCUACCACAUCCACGCCUUCCUCCUGGGCCUCAGGAUCUGCCUCUUGGGCAGCAACCGCACCGCCCGCGCCGCCUACAAGGCGGACUUUGCCGCCUUGCUCGCCGAAACCGAAGCCCUCAUGGCCCGCGUCCCCGACCAGCCCAGCGUCACCCUGGACCUCGGCGUCCUCCCGCCCCUCCACCUCAUCUCCACCUUCUGCCCUGACUACCGCCUGCGCCUGCAGGCCUUCCGCCUCCUGCAGACCUGGCCGCACCGCGAGGGCCCCUUCGAUUCCGACCUGACCGCCGGCCUGGCCAUGGAGCGCAUGCGCAAGGAGUUGACGCUCAUGCGCGCGACCGACUACGCCCACUCGGGCUAUUACUACUACAACGACAGCAGCAGCAGCAGAAGCAGCAACUACGACGGUGACUCCAGCGAUAUGACGACGCCGUCGCCACCAGCCGGCGAGAAACCACUGACUCCUGCGGAGAUUGAGGAGCUUCUCGCUGCUCUCUCCGGGGAGGUGCACCGCUUCUUCAAUACGGUGGACGCGCCAGCCGUCGCGACUCGGUGGGCUUGCUUCCGUAUCUUCAUGGAGAGUGACCAGACAAUCAUGAACAAUAUCGGGUGUGCUGUCGCUGUCGAUCCGCUCCAUGAGGAAUUCGCGGGCUGAUUGUCUCAAACUUUAGAGCGUGGGUUUACGGAUACAUACAUGCGUGAAUAUUAAUGCGAUCCAUUAUUCAGAGAGGGGGUGAAAGCUUGGAUACUGCUCGAAGUCACUAGCCAGCUUUUUAAUCCUGUAAUAUGUCCGUUUCCCAGAUCCGGAAUGAGCGGAGUUCCAGGCUGGGACCGGAGUAUCCUGACUUCAGAAACGAGCAUUCGAAGGCUUAGUACUUAGAACGGUAUGAUAUUCUCGUUGAGGGAGGGUUUACAUUAGCUAAGCUCGGAUAAGUAGUCUCAAAAAUAAAGCCGAGUCGCAGUGAAAAAGUACCGGGGGGAAUUCGAUAAGGAAGACAUUGUAGAAGAAGAAAGAGAAAAGGAAUACAAAAGUGAACCCAUCCAAAGUCAAACAGCCAUCCCGUGGAAUAUACGAGUUUUUUUU